UAAACCCGAGUCGGUCUAAAAGAUGACACACGUGUCAGCAGGGUCAUCGUGAGACGAACAGAUCCGUUGGUCUGUAUCGGUAGUCGGGUUUUAGUACGCGACGAUUAAGCGCGAGAAAACAAUGCUCCGUUUCGGUGUACGCGGGAGAUCAAUCUGUCCCGAAAGCUUGGAAAAAUGUCUGGACACGUUGGGAGGUUUCCGCGAAACGUCUAGUUAUAUAUUCAGUUUAGAACGCGACGUAUCCAAGUCACGUACAACACGUUUGAUCGAUGCCAAAGCACAGUCAAACAGAGAAGCCGAGCAACGGCGAUCGUCAUCGACGUUGACGAAGCCCGCGCCGGAACCAAGGAAAACCUGCCUGUACGAUCUUCACGUGGAGAAUCGAGGUAAAAUCGUCAAUUUUUCCGGCUGGUUACUGCCAGUACAAUAUCAAGACGCUAUUGCCGCGUCCCAUGUACACACAAGGACCUUCGCAUCGCUAUUCGAUGUCGGACACAUGCUCCAAACGCGAGUUACCGGGAAAGAUGCUACCAUUUUCCUGGAAUCUCUGACUACGAGCGAUCUAAAGAACUUAGAAAAGGGUAGCGCGGUUCUCACCGUGUUUACUAAUGAGAAUGGUGGCAUUAUCGAUGAUCUGAUUAUCACGAAAGAUGAUGACGACAAAUAUUUUGUCGUAUCUAAUGCCAGUAGGAGGGACGAGGACUCUCGACUGCUUCUUCAGCAACAGGAUGUUUUUAAAAUUCAAGGAAAGUCGGUGAGCCUGGAAUUUCUACAUCCCUUGGAGCAAAGCCUCGUCGCUUUGCAAGGACCCACCGCGGCAUCGGUCCUUCAAACAGUCGUGAAGUGCGAUUUGAGAAAUUUGAAAUUUAUGAGAUGUAUGAACACCGAGAUACUAGGAAGUCCGAUCAGAAUAUCUCGCUGCGGAUACACGGGAGAGGACGGCUUCGAGAUUUCAAUGCCGGCGAAAAUAGCCUGCAUCUUGGUACAAAUGAUCUUAGGCACACCCGAUACGAAAUUGGCUGGCUUAGGAGCCAGGGACAGCCUAAGAUUAGAAGCAGGUCUCUGCCUUUAUGGUCAUGACAUCGAUGAAGAAAUAACCCCAGUCGAAGCUGGACUCUCUUGGCUCGUAGCCAAGAGAAGAAGAGCGGAGGAGAAUUUCCCGGGGGCAGAGAAGAUACUUUAUCAGAUUAAGUCCGGGGCUAAGAAGAAGCGAAUAGGAUUGACGAUCAUGCACGGGCCACCGGCUAGAGAAGGCGCGUGUAUACUAACGCCGGAGGGUGAACACGUUGGUAAAAUCACUUCCGGUGGUCCCAGCCCGACUCUUGGCCGUUCAAUCGCUAUGGGAUAUGUGCCCCCGGAACUGGCACAGUACGGCGGCAAGGUCCUGGUCGAAGUUCGAACGAAAACGUACAAAGCGACUGUUACAAAAAUGCCUUUCGUGAAAACUAACUAUUACACAGCAAAAUAAACGGAUUUCUGUUUAUAAUGCAAAACUUGUUGAAAAGUGGAAAAUUUCAUGAAACCUUCUGAAUGACUCUUUAUGUCGUAUGGGAGAAAGACUGUGGAAUUAUAAUAUACAAAUGAGAGUAAUUAUUUUUUUAUUCCGAGCGAAGGUUGAAGAAAGUUUCGAGAAGUGUUUGUAAAAAAUUUGUAAUAAAACCGCCAGCAGAGGAAUUGGAACCGAACUAUUCAUCUCCUUGCUAUCAGAGAGCUCGAAUCGUCGCUUAUGUAUUCAGUAUUGUGUAUCUACCGAAGUUUUUACUAUUAAAUUUGCGAAUAAUUAGGAAA